AUGCACUGGCAAGGUGGCGCUUGCCCAGGCGCCUCUUCACACUUGGUGCCUUCAGAGGGUCGGUCGGUUUGGUACACAUAUACACACACGUCGAGAGUACAACCGCGCACUCGAGUCAGCCUCGGUGCCCAUCAGACAAGCGCAAAAAGAGGCACCGAUCCGGUGACUGGACUCACUCAAACUGUCCUCUCUGUGGGCUUACCGUUGGUGGGUGUAGGGGAGAGGCCCGGUUCUCCGCUGGACGCCUCGCAGCUGACGCAAAUUUCCGCCCGCAACGGGUCAUGCAGACUCGGCUCCUCUGUCAUCGUGGCGAGACGAAGCCGCUGUAACCGACGUAGCGAAUCGUGCCAAGCCGAGUAA